AUGCCGAGAAGGCACGCUGCUUCCGGCGAUGCAUCGCCAGCUUCACCGGACACCAUCACCGUCGCUAUGCCGCGACAACCUCGUCCGCCAACUCGACUAAAACUCAAGUUUCCACCCAAAGAACCAGUCUCGGAGCCAGAAGAACCCUUGACUCGACCCAAAAGGAAGAUUUCGAGACCUGCCAGAUACUUGGACAAUGUGUGCGAACCUCUGACUAAGAAGCGAAGAACUACCACAGCUUCCACCAUGUCUCUACAGACAUCAACUCCUCCCCUUCCAACUUCGGAAGCGCCGAUCGGGAACUCAUCAGAUCCUAUCUUGCUGACGUCUUCUAAGCUUGUCGAUAAGAGCGACUAUGCUGACUCUAACGAAUCCCAGCAUGCUGGCUAUGGUGCUGAUUUCCUUAACAACUUCAUCGAUGAUACUCCUCGUUCUUCUCUGUCUGCACUCGACUCGGUCAUUGGUUCGGAGAAAGGUCAUAAGUUACAUUCUGAAUUCCUACCAGAGUCAGACGCUCUACCGGAAGCUGCUGCAUUAGUGUACGACACCUUUACUGAGCUUACCAGCGAACCACAGAUGUGCCACAAGGACAUGCAAAGUCCAAUCAUCUUGUCAAGCUCAUUCUCAUCGGCGCCCCAACAGCUUGAUAGUCCCGAAGUCAUAAUAAGAAAGCUUCAAAGUGCUUGUCAUGCUUUGGAAAGAUUGAGCACACCUGAUGGUUUACCACAACAUCACAUGCCAUUGUCUACAACUGGUCUCGAAGGUGAAUCCAACAUGAUUUGCUGUAUAUCGUUGUUGCUGACCUUNGGUGUAACAGAUACAAAUGAACAUGACAGUGUAGAUGCCCUCUUGGCUGCUGCCGCUGGAUGCGAUCAGGCCAAAGAAAACCAAGAAACAGAUCCUACCAGACCGUAUGCUGGGGAGCAAGAUGAAGAAAUCGGCCUUCUCAUCAGCAAAGCUAUCGAGAUACUGCGCUACCACCUUGCCAAUAUUCGUAGACUUGCGACAGAUCGGGAACGAUCGGCUGGCCACGGGAAGCACCCCAGAGACAAUCACUGGAAUACCGACGCAGAACAGCUGGUCUUAACUUCUCUUGAGCCAUUGCUUUAUGGUGGUGCGACAAACAUUGGCUGUAUCAUCUCGACCAAGCGUGCAAGUUUGCUAUCACGACUGUACCCACAGCUGAUCCAUUUCGUCACUGCACCUCACAUUGCUCUGCAUAGGACAGUUCAACUAAUUCAGCACGCCACCAAUGGUGCGAAUAUUCAGAAAAGUGUCAAGGCUACCUCAAGGAAGCGUUCGCACGGCCAAGUUGAGAAAACGAAGGCAGUCAAAGUACCCGUCCCACACAAAUUCCUGUCUCGCCAGAAGAACUCGAGUUAG